CGAGAACGGCCAGACCUUGCCAGGAGCUGGUGACUUCCGUCGCUCGUCAAUUUCCUGAAAGGCUGGCAUUUAAACACCAGCUGCGGCACCAGGGGAGGAUGCUGCUGUGAUUCAGCCACCGCUUCUCCAGAGCUGCAGCAUGCACCCUCCGGGAGCAAAUCAGCGCCUCAGUCCCACCUCUACGAUCUGAAAGGAGAGAGUGAAUGAAGUUUAGCAUUUAACUGCCUUGCAAACCGGGCUAGUGGGGGAGGCUUUUUCAUUUUGCAUUAUAAUUGCAAUUCAAGAUGAGUUUUUAUGCAAAUGCUUAAAAAAGCCUACCUACUGCAGAUUUAAAACAGCAAAACAAUCAAAACUCCAGUUGCGGAUAACAAGCGAUCCUGGAGGAAAUCAAGGGGAGUCAUCUCAUCUUCCAUUGAUGCAAAAAGGACGUUGUUUUGCAGCCACUACGGGUAUUUCAUCCCCCCUCUCCACUGCAUCCUGCUCUAGUGUCUUGCUUUGCAUUAUAGAGAAUGUUCUUUCCUAGAGGAUAACCAGCAACCUCUGGAGAUAAACAGAAAUUUGCUGCUUUAACAUAAACAAAUAUACAGAGACUAAAUUUAGGAAUUGCUCCCUGGAACCUUCCCCAGAAAGAGCUCCGGCUGAGCUAUAUACCUCUUCUGCUCUGUGCUUUGAAGACCAAGCUUCAUUGAAAAGGAGAGAGCACGGAAAGCCAAGCCCCUCUCCGGCCAUUCCAUCAUGUUCAGCUGGUUGGGUACCGAUGACAGGAGGAGGAAAGACCCUGAAGUGUUCCAGACGGUGAGCGAGGGUCUCAAAAGGCUCUACAAAACCAAGCUGCUCCCUUUGGAAGACUACUACAAAUUCCACGAGUUUCAUUCGCCAGCCCUGGAAGAUGCUGACUUUGAUAAUAAGCCAAUGGUGCUGCUGGUGGGACAGUAUUCCACUGGGAAGACCACCUUUAUCAGGUACCUGCUGGAACAGGAUUUCCCAGGGAUGAGAAUUGGACCAGAGCCUACGACUGACUCCUUCAUCGCAGUGAUGCAGGGGGACGUGGAGGGGAUCAUUCCUGGUAAUGCACUGGUGGUGGAUCCGAAAAAACCCUUCAGGAAACUCAAUGCUUUUGGCAAUGCCUUUUUGAACAGAUUUGUAUGUGCCCAGCUGCCCAACCCAGUUCUAGAAAGCAUCAGUGUGAUCGAUACUCCGGGGAUCCUUUCAGGAGAGAAGCAAAGAAUUAGCCGAGGUUAUGACUUUGCAGCCGUGUUGGAGUGGUUUGCAGAGCGGGUCGACCGCAUCAUUCUCCUCUUCGAUGCCCACAAGCUGGACAUCUCGGACGAGUUCUCUGACGUCAUCAAGGCGCUGAAGAACCACGAGGACAAGAUGAGGGUGGUGCUCAACAAGGCUGACCAAAUUGAGACCCAGCAGCUGAUGCGCGUAUAUGGCGCCCUCAUGUGGUCCCUGGGGAAGAUUGUCAACACGCCCGAGGUGAUCAGGGUCUAUAUCGGCUCCUUCUGGUCCCAUCCGCUGCUGAUCCCUGACAACCGCAAGCUGUUUGAGGCCGAGGAACAGGACCUGUUCAGGGAUAUUCAAAGCCUGCCCCGCAAUGCAGCCCUGCGGAAGCUGAACGAUCUCAUCAAGCGGGCACGGCUGGCCAAGGUCCACGCCUACAUCAUUAGCUCCCUGAAGAAGGAAAUGCCAUCAGUGUUUGGUAAAGACAAUAAGAAGAAGGAGCUUGUGAACAAUUUGGGGGAGAUUUAUAGCCGCAUCGAACGGGAGCAUCAGAUCUCACCAGGAGACUUCCCGAAUCUCAGAAAGAUGCAGGAUCAGCUGCAGGGUCAAGAUUUCAGCAAAUUCCAGCCACUGAAGAGUAAACUCCUGGAGACAGUGGAAGACAUGCUGGCCAAUGACAUUGCACAGCUCAUGGUGCUGGUACGCCAGGAGGAGUCCCAAAGGCCCAUGCAGAUGGUGAAGGGAGGUGCCUUUGAGGGCACCCUACAUGGCCCAUUCGGACACGGCUACGGCGAAGGAGCGGGAGAAGGAAUCGAUGAUGCAGAGUGGGUGGUGGCCAGAGACAAGCCCAUGUAUGAUGAGAUCUUUUACACACUGUCACCCGUCGAUGGUAAAAUAACUGGGGCCAACGCCAAGAGGGAGAUGGUGAGAUCCAAGCUGCCCAACACCGUGCUGGGCAAGAUAUGGAAACUAGCUGACAUCGACAAGGACGGGAUGCUGGAUGAUGAGGAAUUUGCCUUGGCUAAUCAUCUCAUUAAGGUCAAGUUGGAAGGUCACGAGCUCCCAAAUGAACUUCCUUCCCAUCUCCUCCCUCCAUCCAAGAGGAAACUGACAGAGUGAAAAGAAGGUCACCAGAGAGACACGAGGGAGGAGGGGGAAAGAGAGACAACCCAGAGACAUGUUUAUUUAAAUUAUACCUUUAGAUGUGAGGUCACCUUUGGAUUUAUAACAAUUUUAAUGUACAAAGGAAAACCUAAAGCAAAACAAAAAAGCCCAGCCCUUUCUCAUCCUAACAUGCAACUAACUCUUCCUAUGUAAUAUCCUUGCUUCCUAAUGUGUAGUCUGUAAAGAUGAAGGGAAAGGAAAGGCUUGGAGACAGUGGCAGAAGCUGACAGAAGGGGGUGGAGGGAAGUAUCAAGUAGGCUGUGUCUUCUGGGGUUGGAUUAGGCGCAAGUUAUCUGAGGAUAAUCUCCAGAAUCAGUCCUGAACUUCAUCCACGCUAUUUAGUUGGCUUCAGAUGCAGCCUGAGAUUUGUGAAAUUCCUGGUGGGAAAGGAGAAGCGACUCAAAAGUCCCUGAGCUGCAGAUCAAAGUAAAAGAGCACAUCACCCGUUAGUGAUGAGCCCCCACUGGAACCCCAGAUAAAAGCCCUCAUGGACAGGGUCUAUAGAGGUGUCUGCAAUCUGGAUCCAGAUCUAGUUCUGAAUUUUCCAAGUGGCCCCUGUCGUUAGGGCGGGCUCAGCCAAAAACAGCACAUCUGAAUACGCCCAAACUUCAGUGCUUUUGACAUCUGGAUCUGAAUUUGGCAGUUUGAAUUCCUCUAACCACAGUGGGUCAGAUCCAACAAGCUACUGAGCACCUUUAUCUCCCAUUGACACCAGUGGGAGAUUCCGACUCAGGGCAUGGCCAAGCAAAUGAUAAUACAACCCACAGGAAAACAAAGAGAAGGAGGGGACAAAGGCAUGGAAAUAGUUGAAUGUUUAGAGGCAGAGAUCAGAUGGUUUAGAGGGGAGGAAUUUUCCCUGCUUCAUCAUCCUCAAAUAAUCCACUGAAUGUGUCAUAUGGAACUGCUCAGUAUUUUCCCCUUCUGAAAGCUUUCUGGACAAUGGAUGGUAUUUAUCCUUCCUAGAAAGUGAUAUGUUUACCUGUUAUCACAGAAGUGUGUACAAUGAAAACCGCAAGCUCAUGUUCUUAUCUUAUAAAAAAAAAAAAUCCAACACUGUCAGAUGAAUCAUCUAUUAUCAUGAGUACAGAGGCACCAUGUAGCAGUAGGAAGGGCUUGCUGUAUUUUCUGUGUCCUUGUGAGCAAUAGCCUGGAGACCGGCAAUGAGCCCUUGCUUAGCCCUCACACAAUUACUCUUUAUUCCAUCCAGAACUUCCAUCCUGAGCCAAGAAAUGUUCAACUCUUCCUUUCAUUCACUAUGACAUUUCUGGUUUCCUGGGAUUUUACUUGGGUAAUAAUCCCUCCAUUUUAGGUUUGUUUUCCCCCUCGCCCCUUUUAUUUUUUUCAUUUGGGACGGGGUAUGGCUCCACUUCUUGUUGUCACUUGAUAUAUGCUGAGCUCCUACUGUGAUGAAAAAAACAAGACAAGCAUAACUUAUUUUAUAUCUGUGUUGAUAUUAUAUAGAGAAAUAUAUUCCAUGUAUGUAGGAUGUGCUUACUGCAGUGCAUUUAUCUUUUACAAAUUAACGCAUUAACCUUUUUGUACCCUGGUCCUAAAACAUUAUUAAAAAAGUAAAAAUCA